AUGGAAACCCCUAAAGGUAUUAAUAUUCUUAUCACGGGCACACCCGGUACCGGCAAGACAUCCAUGUGUGAAUUGAUCGCACAGGAACUUGAUGGAUUCACACACCUGGAAGUUGGUAAACUCGUACGGGAUAAUGGCUUCUACACCUCAUAUGAUAAAGAACUCGACACACACAUUGUAGAGGAACGAGAUGAGGAUCGCCUGCUGGAUUACAUGGAACCCCUCAUGAUGGGUAAAGGCAAUCACGUUGUGGAUUAUCACUCCAGUGAACUCUUCCCACGCCGCUGGUUUCACAUCGUUGUUGUGCUGCGCACCGCCACGGAGGUGUUGUUUGAGCGUCUCACCGCCCGCAACUACAGCGAGGCGAAGCGGGGGGAAAACAUGGAAGUUGAGAUUCAAGGCAUUUGUGAGGAAGAGGCUCGUGGGGCUUAUGAUGAGGAUAUCGUCUUGGUGAGGGAAAAUAACACAUUAGAGGAUAUGGCAGCCACCCUUGAACUCAUCCGCACACGUGUGGAGGCAUUAAAACAGAAGUAA